UUUCGAUUUCGGCCAAUUACCAGUGAGGUUGGUGCCAGCCACCCUAGCUCCUUUGAUGACAGAACUAAUUUGUCAGAGUCGAGUAGAAACAUCGAUUUGGACCACGAUGGCUCUCCCAGCGGGACUUGUGCCGUUACUGCUAUAGAUCUACUAGAUAAUCCUCAAGACCUCAUUUCUAAAACCGAUGCCAUUCGUCGUCUGCUCCGGCCAGUGCGCGAGAAGUACUCUUCCAAGGAGGCGGAGGAGGUCCGCAUUACCAAACUGUAUCAACAUGCUCUUCAAAUAUCUUCUGAAUCGGACUCCUCUAUUGAGGCAAUUCCUCUUUUAGAGAGCAUCGUUCACAGCUUCUUGCUGCGAUCAUCGUCGGUAAUGCCAGCUCACUUGAAGACAAUCAAGUUCGCCAGCUGCAAGCAUCUCGCCAACCUCUACCUCAAAUCGGAGAACUUUGAAACUGCUCUUAAAUGGUUUAAAUUGGCUGUGGACUUGGACGCGACGGAUUUAGGGCUUUGGCUUAAGCUAACCAGCACCGCAAUCACACUGCACCGGUUUGAUGUAGCCACACCUGCAUUGAACCAUAUCCUUAAAGAACAGCCCUCUCAUCCACUUGCUCUACACUGGGCUUUGCCUUACUUUUUUGCCAUCUCGGAGUUUGAAGCCUGUAUCUCGUACUCCGUGCGGUGCCUCUUUAUGGAUCCUUGCAACCAAGUGGCUAUUCACUGCGUCCAGCGUGUGCUAGCCUUACGACCGGGCCUCGAUUUUCUUUUAAAGAAACUUCUGGAGCAUCAUCCCGAUGUCUUAUCGCGUACGAUCUCUGAGGAGGCCAAAGUAUCGACUGACACGCGUAUCGCAAAGAUUCGAGAGGGUUACAUACGAAUGCUGGAUGAGUUAAAGAACGCGGACGCGAUCAAGACAGUGAAGUUCUCAGAACCUCUGACCAAACUUUCAUGGGAACACUUAGCUUGUGCCUUUGUUAACAUGUUCGACCGACUCAACAAGGAAGGCACGAUCAAUUCAAUGCUUGAUCUACGUUCUCUCUUCGAGGGAUGUCAGUUCCCCACUAGACAACACUCACAAGAGUCAGAGGCGGAUGUGGUUGUUAUAGAUGUUGAUUCUGAGGCUUCAUUACAGCCUCUUUCUUCUGGCAUCUGUGGCGACCCUUUCCAACAGCCAUCUCAACCGCGAGAUCAGUUACGCCCUGACGCCACCGAGGCUCAACAACCACCGACCGGUGUUAGAGGCGAAGAGGACGAGCGUCGGAGGCUUUCCAAGCGCAUCCGCCGAUCAACAGUUAUGUUUGACGAUAUCUCACAGGGAUCACAUUGUCUUUCCAGUGUGAAUAUCACUACCUCUUCCUCCCAUAUCCCCCACACUACUGCCCCUGUCACUGGUCCUUCCGUGGUUGCCGUUUCCACGCCAUGCGCGGGUUCCCACGUCCCCUCCACUGUUGCAACUGACGCACAACUCACUCGAUGGCUGUGGAUUGAGAAGGGUGCGCGUUUUCGCUCUCUCCUGCCCUCUUGUUUCAGAGAUGUUGCUCUUCUGACUGAGAAAAAUCAAUCCUUACGCGUCCAGGAAGAUGUGAUAUCAUCCGAGAAGCUCACGCUUGAAAGUCAUCUCCUCAAGAGCGGUGAAGACGAGAUUGCAGCGCCAUCCAGUGGGGUAAUGGAAAACGAUCUUGUGACUGAGUUCUUGCGCACCCUGUCCAAUUACAAACCAAAUGCAGUGUUACUGGGAGUAGCACUACUUUUACAAAUGGCUGUUCACAUCAAGCCAUGGACACAAUCAUUUUCGAUGGCGUUCCUGGCUGUUUCCGCUCGUAUCCGCCCAUGUCUCCCGUCUUGGCAACCAAAUGCCCUUUCAAGAGAAGCCUGUUCACCAACAGAGGAGCUUGUCCUUCCUGCCGAUCUUCUGUGUCUACGUCGACGUCCAAGUUUGUGGCACUUGACAAAUUUGCAUACUGCCUACGCUGAAGUGCGUCUAGACGCGUUGGCUGCAUGUCGCAAGGCCACCGACUCGGCUAAGCGCCGCUUCACCGCUUUCUCCCUCGGUCCUGGUGCUAUUGACCCUGAGGAUCUCGAAUUCAAGACCUUGUCACAGGCUCUCCAAUUCGAUUCUGCUAGAUUUCUUGAUCCCGAAGAGACGAUAUCGAUUCCCGACUUCAAUAGGAUGAUGGAACUUAUCUCUCUUCUUCCCGAGGGGGCCCCAGAAACCGUUGAUUUUCAUGGGAGAGUUCUUUGGAUUAACUACGAGCUAAGCGUGGUCACUCAUAAACAUGAUGCGAUGAAGGACUACCUCUUACAGAUGAAGGAAUUUGUCACAAAACAUGGUCCACUUCGACGUCUGUGUUCCUUCCGUAACAGCCACAUCACUCUUGACCGAAUCGAUGAGUUGUUGGCGGAGGUAGAGGAUGCGUCGAUCGGAGAGACGUUGCAGCAUCUUUGCAAGGCGGAGCAAAAUACCUCAAAACUACUGAAGGCACUUAAGAACUGCCUUCACUCUCAUUUCAUCGCUCCCCGUAAAGGCAAAUCCACUCAGUCGAAUUUCGGCAUGCACAUUGAGGGCCUUCCACGCAUAUGCCAAAUACUUCACCAGCCUCUUACUACUCUUAAAGAAAGGAUCUUGCAGUUGCAAAGUGAUUCUAAGCCAGCCAAAGAGACCGUGUUAUUGGUGUUGCGGUGUUGGCGUGUGGCAACACAAACACUGGCUCUCAUAGCGAUGCGAUGCAUUAAGGGCGAGCGCCUCUCCUCUCUUCCCACACUUUCUCUACUCGAGGAAGAGGCGGCUGGUCUCGAGGACGUUUGGCGUACUGUCACUGUUGCCUACGACCUACUGCAAACGUGUUGGGAAAUCAUAGAAAGCGAAAUGUCUUUUGAUCCAAACUCCAAAGCGUUUGCCAUAAGGCUCACUCCAGAGUCGCUCUGUUCCAAAGGCAUCUUCUCCUUCAGGCAACCGGGAGACAGAGUCCUUGUUUUGACAUUUGGGCAAUUUUGUCAAACUCUUUGUCUCAUUGUUGACACUUUUUCAUGGCGGCUCCUAGCCACGGGCGCUCUGGGUCUGCCAGUUCCCCAACUUUCCUACGAAUUCGCUGCUUUCAUGUAUGAAACUCUUGACAGAGUCGAGUCGUGUUUUCCUCUUCACCUCUUACAUUCUAAUUUGGCUAUUUAUCAAGCACUGUACAAACUCGGUAAAUCAGACGUUGACCAGAGAGUUGAGUCAAGCCUCCUCGCCUUCCUGCGCGGCUGCCUCUUCUCUCGCAUACUCAGGUGCGCCCGGGGUCGUGACACUGCUCCACCCAGCCUUCUACUACUUCAUCUGUUCCACGACGUCCUCCCCCUCACAGCCACUCUCCACUGCUCCUCUUCCUCCACCCCAUUGGGCCUCCGCUACCUCCGCUGUGUUGCCGUUACGGUUGCUACCACUCUUCAGUGCCUCUCUAAUGGCUACUACCGGUUCCGGUCUUCUGGAAACACAGACGUUGAUGACGUCAGUGAUGGUAGUACUGCUCAACAGUCGGUGGAGAAGAUGGAAGUGGAAAUCACGAUUACUGAUAACAUCUCACAGUUCUGGCCAUACGGCGGCACUCAAGUAGGUGAGAUUUUGGCACAAGCGAUGCACUGUCUCUGCGGUCUGCCAUCGCGUUCCUGUGCAUCCACUUCAACGUCUACGACCACCACCACCAGUGACCUUAGUAAGGUGUCCUCCUCAUCCAGUCUCAACUCGUCGCGAUUCAAGCAAGCAGUGAUACCACCGGAACUAGUCUAUCCGUUUCACGGGGCUAAGGAGGAAGUGGGAGGGAUUGAGGUUCCAACAUUUACGGCCCUACCUUCAUCCACUGUCCCAAUGCCACCCUCCUGUGUGGUUCCAAGACCUCCCGUUUGGAUGACUGACAGGACCUUCUUCUACGAAUCUGUCAAAGAUCAUGUCAUUGAUCUAAGCAGUCCUUCGACCAAUCUUGGUAUCUGGUGGUUGGGAUCCCGACCUUCAGCGCUGGAUUGGCAACUCAUCGAAAUCGCUUUUGUCUUCUAUCGUCCGACUAUAAUCCCUGAGUAUGACAGCAUCAAAUCUCUUUCAAUUUCUGCUGAGCUUGCAAACUGGCUAACGGAAGCAACGAAGGUAAUGCCGAAGGCUUACGAAGAAUUUAUGAUUCCGGAGGAGCGAAUCGACUCCUGCAUGACGACACAUGCUCCAUUGCCCAAGCAGACGCACUACCUCAGUGAUAUGCUGAACCUCAUGUAUUACCUUCUCGCUGACUACUACACAAAAAACAACAAUUUUGAUCUUGCAAUACGCUACUACAAACAAGAUCUGCGAGUAGCUCCACAUCACGCUGAUAGUUGGGCAGCUUUGGCUCUCAUCUAUAGCAGCCAAUUGGAGCAAAUCCUCAAUGUGAUCGAUCCAAAAACAGAACGGGUGACCUCACGUGCAGUGGCAUCCUGUCUGCGCUGUUUCGAGUUGGCGCUGCAACUUCAACCGCGUCUUACCACUCUCCUUACCGAGCGAGGCUGUCUCGCCUACCAGCUACACUCUUACGCGGCCAGACUCAUCAAGAAAUCUACUAAUCGACCCUUUCAAGAGAUGCAUCUGCGAGUGUGUAUGCAGUGGCGUCGACGGAUGCUGAGCCUCGCCUACCGCUCAUAUGGUCAGGCACUCCGUCUGGAGCGCAGAUGUUCUAUUCCAUCUGGGGUAACGCAGAAAGGCGUACAGUCACCAUCCGCGGCGAAAGACGGGACAGCAAUAACAGGACCGAGUCCCUUUUCUCUAUCUUCCACCUCGCCCCCCGCUGUUAGUGGUAGCAGUGAGGCGAGCCCGGCAAUUUCGACACCUGUGGAUGAGGAGUGGCUCUACCACUAUAUGCUUACCAAGUGUGAGGAGAAGGGUGGUCCAGGAGCACUCUUUCGUGACGAGAAUGAGAGAAAACAUCAUCAGGAAGAAACUCGCUCCGAUUGGGUGCUGCGUAUACUGAACAACUACCAACGCACUGCUGAUGUCUUGCGUGCAGCGGGUGCUAAGUACCCGAAAAAAAUAAUUGUCUAUAACAAGCUGCCUCAUCUCGCGGUGGAGUCCAUUGAGGUGUUCUAUCGCACUCAUGCCUUCAUUUUAAAGAUUCUUCUCGCAACCGGUGAACCCGGUGCCUUGUCAUCAUCCCCUCUGCCUCUGCGGCAAAUUUGCGAGGCUCUUUACUCCCUGACCCAGUCCGCGUUCGUUACGGAACCUCCUAAGGCAUCAGCGAAGAUUCGAAGCCGGAAGCGGCCCUGUAUGCUACCAGAGCCAGCGGCGAAGGUGGCAAGACUGGAGAACGUUAUUGGUGACAGUGGGGCGUCUGAGACUUCUGUGGAAGCCUCCGGUACUUCUCCGCAGAGCGAUCCCGAAGUUGUAAUGGAGGUUGUCUCGCGUCCCUCUUUUGCUUCACUUUCUGAGUUAGAUCUCUGGAAAAAGUGUGUUGAGUACUGUCGAGAGGCUCUGGAGUUGGUGCUCCGUCGAUUACCGUUGCACUAUAAAUCGAUGUACCGUCUGGCUCAUCUCUAUCUUAACCAGCCUUCAAUACAAGAUCUGGAUAAAGCCAUGGCUAUACUGAUGGGACCAUUUGAUCAUGUGACUAAAGUCGAGUAUGGCGGCUUGUUCAAAGACAGACGUCAAAGUAACUUCUUUCAUCGUACUGACAUUGUUGGGUCAAUAUAUGCUUCUGUUUUAUACAAGGGUGUGUGGCGAAUUCCCACGGCGGACAUUGAUCGUAGUGGCAGUUUCGCGGCGCACAUGUAUCGCUCCACCUUGAUGGUGUUGGAGGUGCUCAACAAACGCGGCGACUGGAAUCGUAUGCUGCAAGUUUUUCAUCAACUUCGCAAACAGCCACCCGAGGACAAACGUGGAUUUCUGAGUGAAGGAGACCGAGUCUUCCUUGCGCGUAGGGCAUUCAGCCUAAUCCACCCAACUUUGCGCUUGUGGCUGUCGCGGCAACGAGAACAGGCGCAGCAGCAGGAAAAUAGUGGUGGAUGGGGUGGAGUGAGUGUGGAGAUACUACGACAAAUUUAUCGACUGCAUUCAUUCGCGCAGUCGCGCGCUUCCGCUGCUGCUGCAGCUGCUGCUGCUGCCAGUGCCUCACAGGCUCCGCCAUCACCACAACAGCCUCAAGCGCAUUCUUCAAUGGAUUGCGCGGAGGCCGAGGAAGAGCGAACAGAAGAAGCACAUGCUACUGAUGUUGCACCAUGCUUUGCUGAACUGCUUGCACAGGCCUACGAAUUGUGCCCUGAGGCUUGGGACUCAGCCGGUCCAAAUCUGCCGAAGGAUCUUGUUUUGAGGCGCUGUUCAGAGUUAACAAGUGCUUCAUCUGUCUCCACUGCCUCUCAAAUGAAACCAUCCACCUCAACUUCCCGUUUGGCAGAACCUGCUGCUGCUGCUGCUGCUGCUGCUGCUGCUGCUGCUGCUGCUGCUCAGACUAUCUUAUAA